AUGGCGGAGCACAACCCUCCGCAGCAGCCGUCUGCUGAUGGCGGUGGUGAUACAGGCCCACCGCCCUCUCCCAAUCCAGCACGACGGCCUCGAGCACCGACCAUCACCAUAGACACGUCUGCUGUGCAGCGAAACUCCGAUCAUAACCCUCAAAUGGAUCGACCACAAGAAGCUGAGGAAGAGGGCGUUGGCUCGAAUGGAAAUACCGAGAGAUUCCCCGGUUUACGGCCUUCGUCCAACCACCAAACGUCGUCAACACCGACCGAGGUUCAAGGGAAGAGUAGCUUCGAGAGUAGGGAAUCGAGACCGACGAGCCCUCACAACAUAUCAUCGCCUGCACAAUGGCAGCAACCCCAAUCUUUCUUGUCGGUACCAAGUGGGAGGAGUCGAGGCGGAAGCGUGGAUACCCAGGACACAUCAUCAACCUCAGAGGCGACCUACGUCAACACUUCAACACCAUCCGAUCAAACGCCGCUAAAGGCAUUCUCAAGCCAAUCGAAACAGGACAUAACCGACCACCCUGUGUUAUCCGACGAAGAGGCCCUCAAGCCAGACCCCGGUACGGAGGAGGAAUUCGAGCGAGAGAACAAUCCAUUCGCUUUUGCGCCAGGCCACAUGACCAAGUUACUGAAUCCCAAGAGUUUGGGGGCGUUCCAUGCGCUAGGCGGAUUGGCGGGGCUCGAGAAAGGACUGCGAACGGAUCGAAUAAGUGGUCUAAGUGUCGACGAGCAAAACUUGGAUGGUCAAAUAUCGUUUGAGCAGGCCACGAAAGUCGACACUCCUUCAUCGGAUAAAACUGCGGUCGCGACGGUUGCAGAGCCUCCCAUGGCAGACUCCUCGGAUGAGAAACAAGCAGCAGGAACCUUUGUCGAUCGAAAACGGAUCUUCGACGAGAACACGCUUCCUGAACGGAAACCAAAGAGUAUCUUCGAACUUAUGUGGCUCGCGUACAACGACAAGGUUCUGAUUGUGCUGACCGUUGCCGCCUUCAUCGCUCUGGCUCUCGGUAUCUACCAAGGAAUCGCUUUCAAUGAAGUCGAAUGGAUCGAAGGUGUCGCCAUUCUCGUGGCCAUCAUUGUCGUCGUCACAGUAGGUGCUGUAAACGACUGGCAAAAGGAACGACAGUUUGCCAAGUUGAACAAGAAGAAGGAAGCACGAAAUGUGAAGGUCAUUCGAUCAGGAAAAACUCAGGAGAUUGAUGUACAGGAACUCCUCGUUGGAGAUGUACUUCUGGUUGAACCGGGCGAUAUCCUUCCAGUCGAUGGUAUUUUCAUCUCUGGCCAUGGCGUCAAGUGCGAUGAAUCAUCCGCGACCGGUGAAUCCGACGUCUUGAAGAAGACACCCGGCGACGACGCUUUCCGCGCUUUGGAGAACUACGAGCCCCUUAAGAAGAUUGAUCCGUUUAUGAUCUCUGGUGGCAAAGUGACCGAAGGCUACGGUCGAAUGAUUGUCACCGCAGUUGGCAUUCACUCUUCCUACGGCAAGACCAUGCUUUCUCUGCAAGAAAGCAACGACAUGACUCCUCUCCAGGCGAAAUUGAACAAGCUUGCUGAGUACAUUGCUAAGAUCGGUAGCAGUGCAGCUCUGCUCCUGUUCGUCAUCCUGUUCAUCAAGUUCUUGGCUCAGCUACCGCACGACACCGAUUCUCCGGCGGACAAAGGUCAGAAGUUCAUGACGAUCCUGAUCACGGCCGUCACCAUCGUCGUCGUCGCGGUCCCUGAAGGUCUACCACUAGCAGUCACUCUGUCUUUGGCAUAUGCGACAAAACGCAUGUUAUCAGAUAACAACUUGGUUCGAGUUUUACGGUCGUGCGAGACUAUGGGCAAUGCCACUUCAGUCUGUUCGGACAAGACCGGCACCUUGACCCAGAACGUCAUGACAGUCGUGGCCGGCUCCGUUGGGACAUCUAAUAGAUUCAGCAACCGCGGCGGUCGCAACAUCGACAACGCCGGCCCAGACCCGAACAAGGACAUGCGAGACGAUGUGGACGACGUUUCUACAGCAGAGUUCAUAAAGACGAUCGACGAGGACGUCAAGGCUUUGUGGAAGGACAGCAUCGCGAUUAAUUCGACGGCUUUCGAGGCAGAAGACGAGGGUAGCGUCAAGUUUGUCGGCUCAAAGACCGAGACUGCACUUCUGGACUUCGCACGGGACUUCUUGGGCAUGGACAGGGUCAACGUCGAGCGGAGCAACACCGAGAUCUCUCAAAUGAUCCCCUUCGAUUCUGGACGGAAAUGUAUGGGCAUGGUCAUCAAGCGAAAAGAUGGCAAUGGGUACAGGCUUCUGGUCAAAGGUGCAAGCGAGAUCAUGCUGAAGCACUGCACCAACGUCCUUCGCGAUCCCACCCGAGGCACCGACAUCACGAAUAUGACCGACGACAACCGCAAGACACUCGAGCGCCUUAUCGACGCGUAUGCUUCGCGAUCUCUACGCACGAUUGGCAUGAUUUGGCGAGACUUUGACUCCGACGUAUGGCCUCCUGCUAAAGUGAGGAGAAGCGAAGACGACAAGACGCAGGCGCUCUUUGACGACAUCUGCAAGAACAUGAACUUCCUUGGCAUUGUUGGUAUCCAGGAUCCUCUUCGAGACGGUGUUCCAGAAGCUGUCCAAGACUGCAUCAUGGCUGGAGUGUUUGUACGCAUGGUUACUGGUGACAACAUUACUACUGGCAAGGCCAUUGCAACAGAAUGCGGCAUUUUCACGCCAGGAGGUGUCGCGCUCGAAGGUCCCGAAUUCCGAAAGAUGAGCAAGUCUGAGCAAAAGGCGAUCAUACCGAAAUUGCAGGUCCUCGCACGUUCUUCGCCAGACGACAAGAAGACCUUGGUUAAGCGCCUUAAGGAGAUGGGCGAGACUGUCGCGGUGACCGGUGACGGAACCAACGACGCCCCAGCUCUCAAGGCUGCUGAUGUCGGAUUCGCCAUGAACAUCGCCGGUACCGAAGUCGCAAAAGAAGCCUCUGAUAUCAUUCUCAUGGACGACAACUUCGCCUCUAUCGUCAAGGCACUGAUGUGGGGCCGUGCAGUCAACGACGCUGUCAGAAAGUUCCUGCAGUUCCAGAUCACGGUGAACAUUACUGCUGUUCUGCUGGCAUUCAUCUCUGCGAUUGCAAACAGCCACGAAGAGUCUGUCUUGACGGCCGUACAGCUUCUGUGGAUCAACCUGAUCAUGGACACGAUGGCCGCCCUUGCUCUUGCCACCGAUCCACCCAGCCGUGCUAUUCUGAAUCGAAAGCCAGACCCCAAGUCCGCCCCAUUGUUCUCGGUCACCAUGUGGAAGAUGAUUAUCGGCCAAGCUAUUUACCAAUUGGUCGUCACUUUGGUGUUGAACUUCGCUGGCAUGCACAUUCUAGGCUACGACGACGAGCCCAUCGGCAGCGAUAUUCGCAUACACCACGAGAGACAGCUUAAGACGCUUGUGUUCAACACUUUUACUUGGAUGCAGAUCUUCAACGCGCUGAAUAAUCGACGUUUGGACAACCGCUUCAACAUCUUCGAGGGACUCCAACGCAAUCUGUUCUUUGUCGGUAUCUUCCUCGUCAUGAUUGGAGGUCAAGUCCUGAUCAUUAUGGUUGGUGGUUGGGCUGCGUUCCAGGCAGAGCACCAGACUGGCGCUCAAUGGGGCAUUGCACUUGUUCUGGGUGCCAUCUCCCUGCCAAUCGGUGUCAUCGUCCGUCUCAUACCUGAUGAGCUCGCAGCUGCCGUGAUUCCACGACGCAUUCGGGAAUGGUCGCAGAGGAACCGCGAGAAGAGAGUCAUCAUCACAGAUGAAGAGAAUCCGUUCGAGUUCAACCAGGCUCUUUACGACAUCAAGGAUGAGCUUGCCUGGCUCAAGAAGUACAAGGGUGGUCGCAUCAAUUCCCUCCGGUUCACCAUCACGCAUCCUAAGGAAGCGUUCAUGGCCAGUCGCAGUCCUAGUCGGAGCCGCGCGAGCUCCAGCUUGCCGAGAACACCAAACAAUGAGCCUGCUGAGGUCGAGGAGAACGGACAGUCACCCGCACCACCCACGCCCGACUCAAGACGACGACGCGGACGAUCUAGGAGCAAUUCAGCUUUUGCAGCGACUGCAAUGGCUGGUAUUGUCGCUGGAUCGAUCGCUGGUGGGUGGUCGCCAAUCGAGAGGCGAGAAGGCGACAAUGAUAGUCUGCGAUUCGCCCGCGAGCGCUCAGUCAGCAACUUGUCGCGAGAGUACCGAUUGGAAGCUCAUCCCGAGACGAGCAAGAACGAUGAUGUGGUUGUCAAGGAGGAUCCGGUGUCUCAAGCCGGUCAUCAGCCUCCAAGCCAGUCGACUUCAACGACUCCAGCGUUCGGUCAGGGGCCUUUCGGUGGGGAGCCUAGUUCGGCUGGUGAUAAGAAGGAUGAUACUGCGCCUUGA